AUGCCUGGUCUCGAGUCGCUCGACAACCGCGUCCCGCCGACGCUUGACCGCCGCCUCCUCCUCGAGGUCGCGCUGGGCCAGCACGACUGCCGCCGUCUCACGCCCUUCGCCACGAACGACGACCACUAUGCCUUCUGCACGGUCGACAGCCUGAUGGUCAUGCUCGAGGCUGUCGCUCAGCCGGGCGAAGGCCGCCUCUGGUCCCACGGCGACAAGAUCGACGAGGCCAGGUGCCCUGGCGCCACUUGGCCUAACGGAGAGGCGAAGACGUAUGCCGACACGCUCAUCCAGGUGGACCUGCACUACCGUAUGAACUUGUACUGUGAGUCGAAAGUCCAUGGCGAACAAGCCGAGCUGACAAGAGCAGACGACUACCCCCUCCACAUCGUGUCGUACACCCCCAAGACCCGCCCCGACUUUGUCCUCGGCACGGUCGACUCCCGCACGGACGAGGUCAUCAUCUCCCUCGUGGCGGACCACUACAGCAGCUCCAUCACCACGCCGGUGACGCCCCAGCGUGCGAUGUUUAUCGAGGAGGCGCUCGUCCAGUCGCUCGUGCACCUCCUGUCGGCGCGCCAGGCCUUCGGCACUUUCUUCAGCGUCGUGCUCCACAACCGCUGCUUCUCGCGCAUCGUCAUGCUCAACGAGCAGUGCAUCGCGGUCGAGACGACGGGCGAGCUCUACCACACUCGUGGACUGGACCACGGUCCGUACUCGCGCGUGGUUCCCCUCGCUGGCCUGCUCUCGCACCCCGUCUUCCUCGCAAACCUCCUCGCUCACGAUUUCCCCUCGUGCCUCGCUGCGGCCGGAGACCAGGUGACGGCCCCCGAGCACGCGUGGUUCACGUUCAUCCUCUACGCUGUGCGUGUGCUCCGCGCCCACAGCUCGCCUUCAGAGCCGCUCAAGUUUCCGGCCGCGUUUCGCGCGCUCCUGGGCCAACGCCUCGGCUUUGCCAACCCCAACGCGAGCCACUCCGAGCGCCUCGGACUCAUAAAGGAGAGGUGGUACGACCAGCACUCUGGCUCCGGGUGCCUGUGCUUCCUCGCCGAGCCGAACGCGCCCUGCUCCUCGCACUCGAGCUCCUCCGGGUGGACGACCUCGUCCUGCUGCACGACGACCACUGCAUCGUCGUCGUCGGAGGGCUGUGACCGCGAGUCCAGCCCGUCCGGGACCGCCGUCCCGCUUGGCGUCCAGCCUCCGAGCCCCGAUGCCCCGCUGCGCUCGCCCACCCCUUCGUACCUCCCGGACGACGGUGCCAGCUUCAUCCCUCCGCCUCCGAACAUGACCGACGACCAGGCGAUGCAUGAGGCCCGCAAGGAUAUCCUCCUCCGUCAGGACCUGUUCAUCGUGCUCAUGACCCCGCGCGAGAUGGACUCGAUCCUCGCCGCGUCACUUGGGCCCGCGCCGGUCUACCGCGUCGCCCCUGAGGCCAACGCAUAUGUGUCCUCCAUUCACAGCCUCCUCAACUAG